AUGACGACUUCGCACCUACCGGGACAGUGCUCCAAUGGUUGCUGCUCUAAGGAAUCGAAGAAAGCUUGUGCGAAGUGCCGGAGCAUCUUUUACUGCUCCCGCGAAUGCCAGAAAGCCCAUUACAAGACACACAAGAAAGAUUGCAACAAGCUAAACAAUCUCCGCCAGACAAGAAAGGAGCAUGCGCAGCAGGUACAUCGCGACCACCAACGAGAGCGAGCUCGGCAACUUCGUGGAGGGAGCGGGGAUGGGAUGAAUGGUGAUGACACAGAGGACCAGAGUGGGUUCUCGAUCAAUGCAGAAGAGACCACGGCAUUUCUGCAGAAUAGUGAAGAGACAGGAGGAUCUGGCGGAGCGGGAGAUGGCACUGAGACUAUCGGCGAUCAUCAGGAUAGGAUUGCCGAGACUCUCGACGCUGAGUACAUGGAAUUUGAUGGAGAGAUUGAAAUUGAAGAUGGAACUCGACGACCUUUAGUUUCAGCAUUCAGCUAUAACAUGGCCUCUCAACUUGAUAAGCCAGGUCAGUGGGCUACGGGUAACGACGCUCCUACCGAGAAACAAACCGCUUUUCUCCAGACACUAGCCUCUUCCAAGGGUGUCGAGAAUCUCAAGCCAAACGAGUUGAACAAGUCAGAGGCAUCACAAAAGAUCAACGAGCUGAAGAACGCAGAACCGGCAAAUCCUGAGGCUGAAGCCAGUGCGAAUGCAGGACCACCCAUACAAAACCCGGAUAGUUGGUCCACCGGAGACGAUCAAGCCACAGGCAAGCAGACAGGAUAUAUCGCUGCUAUGGCGAGGGAGGCAGGGGAGAGGGUGCCCACAGAUGGCAUUGGCAAGACCGAGGCCAGCAAGAAAAUUGAGGAGUUGAAAGGGAAGACCGGAAUGUAG